UUGUUUAUAAAUGGCGUCCGGUUCUGGUUUCCGCGGCGUUCCCUGCCCGAUAUUUCGGGCUUGGGACGGCGGAAACAGGCCUUGGAGGGUGUCAGGAGCUUGGAAUCGAGCCUGUACAACAAGGCCAACGAGCUCCAAGAGGACAUUAGUUUGAAACGAUUCGACCUCCACGUCGCACAGAUACACUUGGCAGCUGUCAAAGCUCAGUUCUCCUUGUUUCGGGGGAAGGAGGUGGAAGCAGUGAGCGAGGAGAAGAACUGCCGCGACCGCAAGGCGACGACCCCGGCCCUGCCGGUGACAGGCACCAUUAAGAACAAGUGGCUCAAGGCUUUCCGAAGCCUCAAGACCGGCACCAGCAGCGGCGGUGCCAGUGGGGCCUCGGACAAGCCUGACGCAUCCGACAAGAGGGGAAAGUCCGGCAACUCGGGCGGCGGCUCAUCUUCCUGGGACACGGGCCAGCACAUGUUCCAAGAGUACACCUACAAGAAGGUGACCGCCUGCGAUGCCUGCCGGGAGAUCCUCAGAGGUCAUGUCCGUCAGGGACUCAAGUGCAAACUCUGCAAGUACAACGUCCACAACGAGUGUCAAGAGAAGGCCGGCCGCUGUCAGCCCAAGCCCCGUCUGCUUCGGAGGCAGCGUUCUGCAUCCGAGAUCGAGACCAAGAUCAUCCCCGCCGAGCCAGAGGAAGAAAGACCCGUGACCGUGGCGACGGGCAUCCCGGAUGCGGUUGAUCCCAUCUACCAGCUCCUGAAGCAGGCUGGCGACCUCGGAGGCGGCGGCCGGCGUGGCGAAAAGGAAGGCUCCCUGGCGCCACGUCUGAGCGGCGGCGGCGGCGAAAGCAGCAGCAUCACGUCGAGCGUGGCCUCGCUGCAGCAGAGGCGGCCUCGGUCUAAUGCCUCUUCGUCUGCUUCGUCGUCGUCGUCGCAUAUGCUCACCGUCUCGUCACACCAGCACCACCCCUCGUCCUCUGCCCCACACAGCCCCCAGCGGAAGAAGCUGUCUUUGCGCAUGAAGAGUCUCUCCUUGGACAGUCCAGAGUCCAACGAACACGCGCAUCGCCGUCGUCAACUCACAGCGCCCCAAAGCCCCGUGCAUGGGCGGAGGCAACUGCUGAGCACCAAGGCAGUGCGCAUGAGCUCGGUGGACCUUCCCGACGAUAACGAGAAGUCUCUCAGCAGCGCGUCCACUUCCCCCUGCCCCUCGCCUAAACCGCACCGCCUCCUUCCGACCAACCUCUAUGUGGUCCUGUACAACUUCCGAAGCCGCCACCAAGACGAACUCGAUCUCAAGGCUGGUGACACAGUGACUGUGAUUGACACCACCGAUCCAGACUGGUGGCAGGGCAAGUGCAUGGGCCGGUCAGGUUUCUUCCCUUCCAAGUAUGUGGCCAAGCUGCACUCUGGGGAGCGGGCACUCCAGGUCGUCCACUCCAUUCAAGUGCUGGACGGCCAUGAACCAGUCAAGCUGCUAAGGGACCAGAUUGUCAUCCAAGUCGGCGACGAAAUGGAAGGCAAAGUGCUCGUUCGUACCGGCCUUGGCGACAAGGCCCUACCCUGCCCCCUCAAGUACCUCCAGGAGGUGUGAGGACGGCCUACCGACGGAGAGGCUCUAGACCGACGCGAGAUCGUGGGGUCUUCAGUGACGACGCGCCACGUCGGUCUUGUGAAACUUAUCUUCAACGCAGCCCGAGGAGGAGGAAAGCUGCUGCACAUCGUCAAAGUGGUGGUGCUGGUCGCUCUACGUGCGCUCGUGACGAAACCUUCCGACGCGCUGCAACACUUUCUCCUCGUGUUGGAAUGUUAACAGACGACUGAUUUCUCGCCUUUACCGGCUUUUACCAAGGGGAUACUCCUGUCUUCGCGUUGGCUCCAAGUGGGACUGUUUGGCGGCUUCAAUUCUGGUCAGUGCCGCCAUGCUUGUUGUUGCUGCUCUCGUUUUAAUCGCCGAAUGUUGGAUGACAUGGGGGUUUUUUUUCGCUAGAAAGAGAGCACUGAGAUGUUUGGAGAUGAAGGAUGCGGUUUUGCCGGAUGCCAAUGCCGUCUUUUGUAGUCACUCCAGGUUUCAUGGAAUUCUUAGCGCCGUGAUUGUGUCCACUGAUCCCGCUAUGGGACUUGAGCUAAGCACUUGUCACCUCUUUGCGCACCCUUCUUCUGUCUCGCUAUCGCAAAAAAAGCAGUUAUCUUUUGCCAACGUGCAUACACGCUGAGCCCCCCCGCCCCAGCAGCUGUUGGUCGACAACUUGGCCACAAAUUUGAUUCUCGAGCCAAGACUUUCUACGCUGUAGCUUUGUUGUUGGAUAACUGGCAGAUGUAAACAAUUUGUAGAAAAUUUAAGAAAAAACUAGCACAUGGUCAUUUUGAAUAGUGCGGAGUUCUUGCUUUAGCGGCCCCAGCUUCAUGACUUACUGCACCUUCAUUAUCACUUUCCACUCGUCCCCAAGAAGCUCUCGAAUUUCCCUGCACUUAGACCGUGUGCGUGCUUGUUGUAGCAAAGCACAGUUCCCCUUCCAUCGAACAUACUCGCACGCAGAUCUCGACCGUCAACCUUUUUCAAGUCACAGUUGUCAAAACGCUUCGUGCUGCAAAGAGGGCGACCACCUUUUUUUCCUCUUUGAAAAAAAAGAUUCUGACGAAGACUAGCUUGUAGGUACCGAUUGCACGAGUGCAAUUUGCGUAGGUCGCAUUGACCAACAUUGCAUAGCUGACAAACGUGGUGUUGCCUGACUCCUGCCAAGCCAUACCCGUGCGCUUGUUUCCCCUUUAUUUAUUUAUUUAUUUAGACCUGCAGCAAAACGCGUAUAUGUUCGUUGAAAGUUGUCCAACGCUCGCCUGUUUUUACGCCAUGUUUUUACACCCGUCGGCCUAUUGCUGCAGGUCGGUUCUUUUCUGCCGGAUGUUUCCGUUAUUUUUAUCCCGUCGUACGCUACGACGGCGGUGCGAUUGCUGAUAGCACAAGUCGUAGAUAUUCAUUGGACGGUGCAGAAUAUAUGUUUCAUUCGCGUUUCGAGAGGCGUCGUGUUGCGAAAGACUAGCUUUGUGGCAUAGCAUGAUCUUUUUAACUUGUACAUAUGUACAGUGUGUGCACUUUAUAAGCAAAUACUGUUAACUGCACUUUGAAGGCUCAAUGUGGAACGCUUUCAAGCUUUGUUUGUUCUUUCUAUCGGUUUUUCCAAGGAGUCCACGGACGUGGCUCAAGAUUAUAGCUUUGUGGUUACAAAAAAAAACCAAACGGCAGCGUAGCUUGGUCGCUGCGCUGAGCACGGACUCGGAGCGAUCCCCGUGCCGUCGCUUUGUAGUUUAUGGGGUCGCGUAAGUAUAGUUGAGAAUUCUACGAUCAUCCCAGUCUCGUGAAGUUGUGUGUACCUGUGCGGAGUGUCCACAUAUCAGAAAGCUUGUGUAAGGCUGCGAGACACCAGACAAAACACCAGAUCUUGAGGCAUGCUAUCUUAAGCGGUGGCAAUCGGUUUGUCAAACGAUGCUUCGUCGACACUGCAACGUUUCAUCGACAGUUCGCUUCAUUGAAAGGUGUUUGUUUUGUCGAGAUAUUUGUAUUGUGUCAUCAAAAGCAUUUUCCUGCACACAUUGCCUCGAUUCCUGGCAUCCAGAUGGUAGCCUAGCUUGCCGAAUCCUUGGUGGUUCCAAUCGGGCCUGGUGCAAGCUCGGGCCUUAGAUUAUGCGGAGCACGGGUUUGUCUGCUUCUUGCGCAAAGGUUGCGUUGGUGUCAGAACGCCGAGCUCUUAUUUCCUGAUUGAAAAAAAUAAUGGGUAGGCCUCAAGGCAUCUAGCAUUGAGGUAUACCCACUAUCCUUUAAAGCAAAGCCAAUCGGCGCUCGGCGUCGUACUCCUGUGCACUGAUUGGGUGACCACACAUAGCACAAUCUGUAGGGAAGCUUAGGGUUAGGGCUCGCGAAUUCGUUUUUGCCCUAAUAGGGUAUAACCUGUGCAAGUUUGCUUCGGUUCCAGUAAGCUUACAGCAAAUGAAACGAAGCUAGUAUCCCAAUCCAAUCCACUUGGUAAAACAAAUAUGCCAUCGACAAAACAUCACAAGAGCGUGUGUCUACGAAACGUCAGUCUCGACGAGGCGCAUGUCGAUGGAAAGUUGUCCGCAAAACAAUGUGGACCUGCCUUGGAUUUGCAAACUUGUUGUCGAAACGUGAGGCAGUGUUGCACACGUGACAAAAUGUCAAAACUGUCUUGCAAUGUUGCAAAGAUGCCGGCACGUUUACAAAUACCACCUGCGCUUCGCGGAGCUUUUAUGGGAGCAAAAACGUGUUAAGCGAAACAGAAUGUGACCAAUGGUGCGUACGGGAAGUCCUGAGACGCAAUCUGACGUUGCGAAUAUGUCGAAACGUUGACGACGCUUUGCUUGAUCGCAGCAUGUUGGCAGUUGCUGUAUUAGGGAAAAAAACCAAGGUCUGCGAGCCGCGGCUACACGCUUGUUGGAGCGUGGUGGACCCUGUGGACGCGCUCCGUUUUUAGGCGUUUGGUUGUGAAAACGUAGGUUCAACAGCGACCGUAGGAUACAAGCACACCUCACCAGGUAACCGCACAGGCGCUAUUUUUAUAAACCGCCAAAUGGGGAAGCCUGCAAGGUCCCGAACCACGGCAGUAGCGAUCCCGGCAUUUUCGUUUCUGCGCUUUGGAAAAGCCGUAUACUGCACCUGUCACACUCUGUCAAAAUGUUUAGUGUGGAAUUCGCCGCCAUGGUGUCGUUGCCCCCCCGCCCCGUGAUACAUUGUGCGUUUCUUGGCCACCAUCCCUUGCUGACCCUGGCAUUCUAGAGUGGCAUUGAUUGUUUUAUCUGGUUGGCAAUUUAGUCUUUAAAAUAAAAAUAAAGUUGUUUUUCUGCUUU